UUUACUUUGAAAGUCCUGACCGGAACCUGUACUGUUUGGUGUUUUCCUGUGACAGCUGCAGGGGCUGUUUCCUGUGAGUGGGCUGGGCGAGGCUCAGUGACAGCUGCAGAGCUCUGAUCUUCACUUUGAACCACAAAUUAAAAGAUUUUAAAACUAAAGUCCAGAAAAAAACAAGAAGAAUCAAAGAGUUUAAUCUCUCAGCGGAAAGAAGAGCUGUUUUUUCUUCACUUCCGGCGGAGAAACCUGGAGGAAAACAAUCCGCUGGCUGCUGCUGCUGUUGUUGCUGCUGCUACUGCAGCAGGAUGUGAGAGAACCACAACACAAAACCAACUGAAAUAACUGAAGAGGCCACAACAACAUCUGAGCAGGGACGAGUUUGAAGAUCGACGGAAGACUUAGCUCGACUUCAGACAAACAUGGCUCUGUUCUUCUCCGGAGCCGUUACAAGUUCUCCAAUAAAACGAAGGUUGCGGGCCAAUGACUCCUGUCAGAGCCUGGACCUGUCUCUCCUCUCUCCCGACUCCUCGUACGUCUGUUACUCGUCGGCAGACGGCGGCGAUCCGUGCUCCUGCCGGCGCUCGCCGCGCCUCCUCACCAACGGCUACUACAGCGUCACCGAGGACAGCUUUUCCUGGGACGACGACGGCAACGUGUCCCUCACGCCCUGCAAAACCAACGUGUCCUACAAGGAGAACCUCGUCAGGGUUUUCCGACGGCGGCGGCGGCAGCGGCCUCGCGGCGCCCUGGCUCGCCUGCUGAGCGACGUGACGGAGAGCUGCCAGUCCUGGCUGGACCAGAAAGUCUUCGGAGGCGUGUUCAGGACGGGACAGAACCGGGAUCAGGACCAGGACCACGAUCAGGACCGGGACCAGGAGUGGACCGGGACGGGCCAGGAAAGCCCCGCCCCGCUGGACGAGUCAUCCUGGUUCAACAGCACCGAGCCGGACCUCAGCCACAGCUUCACUUAUGACCACACUGAGAUCCCGCCCCCUCCCGACAAAGUGGCCCCGCCCCCGACACUGCUCAUCCAGGAGGAGAUUUGUUCUGAGAUCUGUCAAUCGACGGUGCGGUUCACCCAAUCACUGGGCGGCCUCUCUGAAGUCCCGCCUCCCUCACCCUUCUACACCAACAGCUGCUGCCAGACCUCGCCUGAGCCCGCAGGGUUAACGAUGAAGACCCUUCUCCUUUUCAUCUUCGCCAUCUUCAUCUUCACCGCUCUAUACUCAGGGUGUCUCUUGUGGAGCGCGAGCGUCACAUCCACCGUGUUCAUGACGAUCUCAACAUGUAUGCUUCUGACCAAGUCGGGCCCGAUGGGCGAGUGGAGGCAGGCGAAGACGGAGGAUAUCACAUCGAGAAACGAGUGAGAGAAGCGACAGUCUCCAAAAGUCUGCGAUGUGAAACUGGAAGAGUGACAGAAAAGCUCUGACCGGACUCGGUAGAAAUAUCUCAUUAACUGUGUCUGCAUACGUAAGUUGCACUUAAAGUCACACUGAGCUCCGGAAAACGCUUUUCAGCAACACCUGUCGGACGCUUUGACUGCAAAUGGAAACUUUCUGAAUGUAAAUCUAUCUCUAAAUAUGUGUUUUUGCGCUGAGAUGCGUCGACAGGACGGGCAGAAGUUUAUAAAACUGUUUUAAAAUUGAAUUAAAGCCGACACAUUUUCAACAUUGUAGCUUUAAAUCCAAAGUAAAAACAACGGGAAGAUCAACAUUUUUAAAGUAUAAAAAGUUUAAAAGCAGAAUCAGACGGCGUGUUUGUUGUUAGAAAGCUGAAGGAGCUCAUUAACAUGAUGACUUAAGUUACUGUAGUUUAGCUAGAAAAGUAUCCAUAUCAAAUAUAAAACAACCAAAUGUAACUUGUGUAUUUUUGAAAUAUAUACGUGAAUCUUUCUAUUGUUAAAAAGCUGAACUUGGCUAUUUUGGGGCUGUCCGAAGUAACCAAACGUCAGACUGAACUCGUCUGGAAACAAACCCAGCGGAAGCCUCACUUCUUUUCAAAAUAAGAGCUGCAAAAACGACAUAAAAAACAAACGCACAACACCUGAAGUUCUAGUUGAUCUACCUGGAAGUUGUAACCACGGGAAGAUAAGCGCCGUCUUAUUUUCCUGAGGAAACUGAAUGAAGACUUUUAUUCCAAAAUUAAACAAAGAAAAUCAAGCUGCAC